UGCGCGCCGCCCUGAUCCCUCCUUCGUCCGCGGCGGCGGCGGCGGCGGCCGGCCCGUUGCCAUGGUAGACCCGGUGGGCUUCGCCGAGGCGUGGCGCGCCCAGUUCAACGACGCGGAGCCGCCCGCGAUGGCGCUGCGCUCGGUGGGCGACAUCGAGGCGGAGCUGGAGCGCUGCAAGGCGUCGAUCCGCCGCCUGGAGCUGGAGGUGAACAAGGAGCGCUUCCGCAUGAUCUACCUGCAGACGCUGCUGGCCAAGGAGCGCAAGAGCUACGACCGGCAGCGGUGGGGCUUCCAGCGCGGCCCCGAGGCCGACGACGACAGGCCCGCCCGCCCGCGCCCCCCCGCCCUGCGCAAGCUCUCCGCGCACAGCGACGGCAGCUCGGAGGCGGACGCCGCGCAGCCCGGCGAGGAGGAGCGCGCCAAGCCCGCCGCAGCCGCGGACGAGAAGCCCCGGGAGGAGGGCGCCGCGGCGGGCUCGCCGGGCAGGGCGCGGCCGGCCCCCAGCGGCAGUCGCCGCCGCCUCCCCGCCGCCGCUGCCUCCGCCACCUCGGGGGAGCGGGACGGGGCCGCCUUGGAGGCGGGCGGCAGGGAGCGCGGGCAGGGCGGCGGGGGCGGCGGCGCGGGGCUGCUGCGCUCCGGCCAGGAGCGCGGGAGGAAGGCGCCCUCGUCGCCCUCGCGGCCGCCGGACGGCCGGGAGGCGGCCGAGAAGCCCUUCUACGUGAACCUGGAGUACCACCGCGAGCGCGGCCUGGUGCGCGUCAACGACCGCGACGUCUCGGAGCGCAUCAGCGCGCUGGGCAGCCAGGCCAUGCAGCUGGAGGCGCGCAAGAAGCUGCCGGGGCCGCCGCGGGGCCGCUCGGCCGACGCCGCCUACGACGACGGGGCCGAGUACGAGGACGCGGAGCUGAACGCGCGCUUCCUGAAGGACAACCUGCUGCUGGACGGCGCCGGCCGGCCCGUCUGGACGGCCGCCUCCCCCGCCGCCGCCUUCCAGCCCUACCAGAGCGUCUUCGUGGGCGGCUCGGCGGGGGCGUCGGAGCCGCCGCUCACCUGGCCGCGCCGCUCCUACUCGCCGCGCAGCUUCGAGGACCUGGGCGGGGGCGGCGGCGGCGGCGGCGGCUACACGCCGGACUGCAGCUCGAACGAGAACCUGACGUCCAGCGAGGAGGACUUCUCCUCCGGCCAGUCGAGCCACGUGUCGCCCAGCCCCACCGCCUGCCGCCUCUCGCGCGAGAAGAGCCGCUCGCCCUCGCAGCACUCGCAGCAGUCCUUCGACAGCAGCGGCAGCCCCCCGACCCCGCAGGCCCCCAAGCGGCACCGGCACCACCCGCAGGCCGCCGGCCCCGAGCCCGCCCUCGGGGCGCCCCGGAAGAGCGCGCCGCCCUGGCCUUGCGACGGAGACCCGCCCGCCGGGAGGGGCGCCACCGAGGGCUGUUUCCAUGGCGACGCAGAUCUUUCCUUUGGUGGCCUCCCACCAGGCUACGCCUACGAUGUGGAGAGAACGGAAGAGCAGAGGCACCACCAUGACAUGAUGCCCUUCAUCGAUGACUCCCCCUCCUCUUCACCCCAUCUCAGCUCCAAGAGCCGAGGCAGUCGAGAUGGCUUCUCGUCGGGGUCCCUGGAGUCUUCAAAAUCAAGCGAGCCAGACCUGGAAAAGGGUCUGGAGAUGAGGAAGUGGGUCCUAUCGGGCAUCCUGGCCAGUGAGGAAACCUACUUGGGUCACCUUGAGGCUCUCCUGCUGCCCAUGAAGCCUCUGAAAGCGGCGGCCACCACCUCCCAGCCGGUCCUGUCCAGCCAGCAGAUCGAGACCAUCUUCUUCAAAGUGCCUGAGCUCUACGAGAUCCACAAGGACUUCUACGACGGGCUCUCCCCUCGCGUUCACCAGUGGAGCCACCAGCAGCGGGUGGGCGACCUCUUCCAGAAACUGGCCAGCCAGCUGGGAGUGUACCGGGCCUUUGUGGAUAAUUACGAGGUUGCCAUAGAGACGGCCGAGAAGUGUUGCCAGGCCAACGCGCAGUUUGCAGAGAUCUCGGAGAACCUCCGAGCUAGAAGCUCCAAGGAUGCAAGAGACCAGACAACAAAAAACUCCUUGGAAACUCUCCUCUACAAGCCGGUGGAUCGAGUCACACGCAGCACGCUUGUGCUCCACGAUCUGCUGAAGCACACCCCAUCCAGCCACCCCGACUACCUGCUCCUGCAGGACGCCCUGCGCAUCUCCCAGAACUUCCUCUCCAGCAUCAACGAGGAGAUCACGCCCAGGAGGCAAUCCAUGACUGUCCAGAAGGGGGAGCACCGUCAACUCCUGAAGGACAGUUUCAUGGUGGAGCUGGUGGAGGGAUCUCGGAAGCUGCGUCACGUCUUUCUCUUCACGGAUUUGUUCCUCUGCGCCAAGCUUAAGAAGCAGAUUGGAGGGAAGAGCCAGCAGUAUGACUGUAAGUGGUACAUCCCGCUCUCGGAUCUCAGCUUCCAGAUGGUGGAUGACUCGGAGACGAUGCCAAAUGUCUCUCUUGUGCCAGACGAGGAGCUGGAUGCCAUGAAGAUCAAGAUCUCCCAACUCAAGAGCGACAUCCAACGUGAAAAGAAAGCGAACAAGGGAAGCAAGAACUUGGAGCGGUUGAAGAAGAAGCUGUCCGAGCAGGAAUCCUUGCUUCUCCUGAUGUCUCCUAACAUGGCCUUCCGAGUGCACAAUCGCCAUGGCAAAAGCUACACCUUCCUCAUCUCCUCGGACUACGAACGGGCCGAGUGGCGAGAGAUCGUCCGAGAGCAGCAGAAGAAAUGCUUCAAAAGCUUUUCGCUGACAUCGGUGGAACUCCAGAUGCUGACAAAUUCUUGUGUGAAGCUUCAGACGGUGCAUCACAUUCCCCUCACCAUUAACAAAGAAGAUGACGAACCCUCCGGCCUCUACGGCUUCCUGAACGUGAUUGUCCAUUCUGCCACUGGCUUCAAGCAGAGCUCCAGUGAGUGUAGAUGCCCGGCAGGCUUGUACUGCACCCUCGAAGUGGAUUCCUUCGGGUACUUUGUGAACAAGGCCAAAACCAGAGUUUACAGAGACACCGCAGAGCCCAACUGGAAUGAGGAGUUUGAGAUAGAACUGGAGGGCUCCCAGACGCUGCGGAUCCUCUGCUACGAGAAAUGCUACCACAAGAGCAAGCUCACCAAAGAAGACGGCGAGACCACGGACCGCAUUAUGGGCAAAGGCCAAAUCCAGCUGGACCCCCAAACCUUGCAAGACAAGGACUGGCAACGCACGGUCAUCUUCAUGAAUGGGGUCGAAGUGAAGCUCUCCGUGAAGUUCACAAGCAGAGAGUUCAGUCUAAAGAGGAUGCCAUCUCGAAAACAAACGGGAGUAUUUGGAGUAAAGAUUGGAGUUGUCACCAAGAGAGAGCGAUCCAAGGUGCCUUAUAUUGUGCGCCAGUGUGUGGAGGAGAUUGAACGUCGGGGCAUGGAAGAGGUGGGCAUUUACCGGGUCUCUGGAGUUGCCACAGAUAUCCAGGCUUUGAAAGCUGCUUUUGAUAUUAAUAACAAAGACGUCUCCAUCAUGAUGAGCGAGAUGGACGUGAACGCGAUUGCGGGAACACUCAAACUCUACUUUAGGGAGCUGCCAGAGCCUCUCUUCACAGAUGAACUCUAUCCUAACUUUGCUGAAGGCAUUGUGCUCUCUGACCCAGUUGCAAAAGAAAGCUGUAUGCUGAACUUGCUGCUCUCGCUUCCGGAGCCCAACCUGGUCACCUUCCUCUUCCUCCUGGAUCAUUUGAAAAGAGUUGCUGAAAAGGAAAACAUCAACAAAAUGUCACUCCACAACCUGGCCACCGUUUUUGGACCAACAUUACUCAGACCGUCAGAAAAAGACAGCAAAAUUCCUGCAAAUCCAAUGCAUCCGAUGGCCAUGACUGACAGCUGGUCACUCGAAGUCAUGUCCCAGGUUCAGGUUCUCCUUUAUUUCCUGCAACUGGAGACAAUCCCCACCCCAGACAGCAAGAGGCAGAGCAUCCUUUUCUCCACUGAGGUGUAGAAGCCAAAGGCUCCGUCCCUCCCUCCCUCCCUCCCUCCCUCCGACCUUCCGACCUUCCACCCUUCCCGUAUCCUUCAGGAGGAGAGAGAGCCCUCCAUCCUCCCUCCCUCUGUGGACCAAGAAGUCAGAGGAGGAAGACAGACGGUUGUCUUCAGGGGAAGAUGAUUCCUUUCACCCGAUCAGGAAAAGAACCGGGAAGAGCAAACAGUCUGAGGAAGGAAAGUACCCGAAGGUAUUCCCGGGAGGAUCUUUGCAGUGGAAUUCAUGUUGCGUUGGGGAGAGUUUUUCCUUCUCGGGGGGCUUUUGAAGAGCUGAAGGAUUCUCCUUCGAUGGCCACCGUUGUGGAGUCUAAGGGAGUGCCACAAGGAUGUUCAUCCCAUCAUGGCCGCUACUUGCAAAUUUAGACCUUGAUUUAAAUGUUUCUUUUUAAUAAGUAAAUAAAUUAGGAGCUUCAUGCACAAUCAGGAUUUUUUUUGAAGAAGAAGAAGAAAUCUUUUCCUUGCCUUUUAUCUUUUGACUCUCUUUGGGCGGAAGGUUUCACCGAAGAGUCAUCCUCUAAUCACUCAGAAGAGAAUAAAGACCAGGGACUAGAGGAAGAGGCGGUGAUGGUCAGCUCUGAAGGCCUUCUCCUUUUCCCGUGGGCCACAAAAGGAUGGGAGGUGUGUGGAGAAGCUGCUGAGGUCUUCGGGCAUCGUAAAGAAGAUAAUCUGCAAAACCUCCCCUUUCCCCAAUGAAGGCCUCGUGCCCAGUUUUAACCCGACUGCAGCAGCAGCAGCGUAAGGACUUCAGCCGAUUGGUGGGUUUCUCAGCGGUUGGGCCAAAGCCGGCCUCUCCCCUCCCAGCCGCUAAACAGUCCUCAGAUCCGCUGGCGGGAAUUGGGGGGGCAGGAUUGGGCCUCUCUGCUCUUUCUUGGUUGGGACUUUGGAAAGACUUUUGCUUAAAUGGAAAAUAUUUUUUUCACUGCCACCCUGUUUUUGCUGGGAAAGAGAGAUGUUUUGAUAAGAUGUUUUAAUAACUUGUACAAUGAUGAUUGAGGGAGCAUUUUAUAUUUUUCAGAAAUUCCAACCGUUUGUUUUAAGAUUGAACAGGCAUCAUUCAUGAAUUGUAAUGCUGGGGGGUGGGGAAUCAACACUGGCAGAAGCAGCCCAGAAUCCUCACACAGGAAGGGGUCUCUCUUGGGAGUUUCACAUGGACAGAAACCACAUCCUUAUCAGUCCCAUGCAGUCAUAAGCAUAAGUUUCGUCUUGUUAAUUCAAAGCUACUUUUACCGAGAUGUUCAGGAGUGGCCAAUGGGUGAGAGACCAGGAAGCUAAACUGACAUUCUGGUUUUGCUCAGAGAGGUUAUGAAGAGGGAAUAUGAGGCGUGUCCCCGCACAAUUUCCCAUACUUUGGGCAAGUAACGGAAUUCUGCUUGUAAAAGGGGACUAAAGUCACUACUGAAGCCUAAGGCUCUGCUCUGAUCUUUGGAGUUGUACUAUUCAGCCCUUUUAACACUGGGAAAGAACCCAUCCCGGGGGUGGCUGGAUUGUGGUGUCUGACUAUCUCAGCAUCUCUCAUACCAGGGAAUAUUUAAAUAGGAAUCCCGUAUUGCUUUUUCCUCCCAGAAGUCUAAGAAGUUAGAACUCUGUUCUGCUGUCCUAGUUUGGAUGGCGAUGUACCUCAGUUGAUGAAGAUGAGAUACGAAACCCUUUUGCUGAUGUGCCCAUAUAUUUGUUCCUCCUUUUGUUAAAACUGGAUUUCCCCCCCGCAACUUUCUAUCCUGGAAAGGGGCUUUCAGACAAACGGAUAAGAGGAUCAAGCUUUCCAUGGCAGUGAACCUGCCUUUGUGUCGGUUGAAGGAGAAGGUUCAUCCACGGAAGGUCCCUUCUGAAGUGCACCUCAGUGAAUUAAGGGUCCUGAAUAGGGGAAUCAUGUAAGAUUUUUAAAAAAUCAAAGCUGAAUGUGAUCGUAUUUUUUAUUGUUAUUUGAGGCAACAAAUAUUCAAUAACCCUAUAAAUGAAAGUCUAGACCAGGGGUGUCAAACUCGUGGCACUAUGUUGUCGUUCUGUGACCUAUUGCAACUUUUCCCCUUUCGCUAAAACGGGGGUGGGCGUGGCCAGUGCAUGACGCAUCCAGCCCACAGGCCGCAAAUUUGACACCCCUGGUCUAGACAGAAGCUUUCUCAUUCCAUCAGCCAGUCCUAUGUUUAUUCUUCUAAGGUAACUGUUGUAGGUUACUCCAUUAUGAAGAGACCGGAGGAAAGGCAGCCAGGUUGUGACGACAGAAAGUAUUUAGAUAGCAGGUUUGUUCAUCAGAACUGAACGACUCCCGGUUAUCAUCUUGGAGAGAAAAGGAGGAUGGCUUGUUAUCGUGUUGAAAUGAUUCGUGUUGGCCCAGGAGUCUCCUUCUUGGGCCUUGCUCAAGGUGAGGCAUCAAGAGAUUCACCCACAGAAUAAGGAGGGGUCCUCCCCAAAUGCCCUAGCAUGCCAGCGAAGUAUUUGGACUACAGUGGAAGGAACUUAGACCUUUCCCUCUUUUCCGAGUCCUCAGACAAGUAUUGUAGGCUCUCCAAGUCGUCCUUAUAGGUCCAGUAGCCUCGUAUGAACAGCUGGCCCAACGGGAUGGUAGAGAUUGGGAGUGUUAAUAAAGCUAAUUUGAGUCACUAAAAGUCAUUACAGGUUUAAGGAAAGCCACAGUGUUGUUUUGUGAACUUGAGGCAUGUCUUGAAAAUUAAAGUUUAAAGGGCUUUUAUUUAUUUAUUUUAUUGAUUCCUUUAAGCAGCACGAUUGCUGAAUGGCUGCAGUUUCCUCCUUGAAUUGUUAUUCCAUAAUAUCCAGAGCUGCAGGAAUUGGCAAAGCCAUCCCACCGAGGGAAAUGGGCCAAUCUGUUCUGCUUGACUGCUCUUCCUGGCAUUUUUGAUUUAUGUAUAGUUAUUCUGUCCGUAUUGAGUUAAUGAACCUAGAUAAAAGAAAAGACAGUGUGUGUUUUGGAGAUCUGCAAAAGGACUGCUUUGAUAUCCAGGCAAAUUUUACAUGCAGGCAUGUAGGUAUGGAAGAGGUUGUAUAAUUUAAGCAUUCAUUUCAGUUUUAAUUAUAAACCUAUGCUUUUCUGAAAAGUCAUACUUGUGUGCUUCAGAAACGAAUGCCUCAAAUGGAACUGAGCCCCGGGGCUCAAUUUCUGUCCAAGAAGUAGCAACAUCAAAUCCCUCAAGUUCUUCCAAUCCCUUCUAUUUUUCUAGGUCCUUAGUUUUGUGAAGUGGCUCCAAGAAUUAUUUUCCUUGACUCUGCUUUACUUUAAAACAGCCAGUGGCUGUAUUUGUACAAAACACUGAAUUGCAAAGUAGCCGACUGUGUUUUAAUCUUACAUGAAUGAACCACACACAACCUCUGGCUGUUGCUGAAUGACUUCCUGUUGGAGAUCCAGACCCCAACAUCUGGAAGAUCUUGCAGGGGAUGCAAUUUUGUGCCAAUCCAGCCCAUGGGAUUAGUUUGUGGUUCAGUGUGUUAUGUAAACCUAGGAAACUGGUUUGAAUAAACCGUGAUUAAAUUAA